GUGGCAGUGUUCGCGAACAAAAUACCUUCAAAUAAACUGAUAACAGAAGAAGACGAGCUGCGCGUUUCUCUCAGUGACCGAGUUCAUCACUUCUAUGUGGAUGUAUUUGUUUUAUAGUAAAUAUAUGUUUCAUCUGAUCGAGUUUAAAAUAAAAGCUCAUUAUAGUGUGUGUGUGUCGGUCCACACGUUCUGCUUUAAAGCCUGAGGUAAAGGUUAGCCGAGUGUGUAACACUGCUGUUCCACCCCUCCUAGCCACCAGGGGCUAGUGUGUAAAACUUCACGCAGUGGCGGAUAAUGAAGCGUGAAUACAUCGUCAUACAACAUCCAUUCCCUUUAACCUUCUGACCAGUGAGCAUAUUUUACUACAUGAACACGAUUCGUAAGGAUGUGAAGACAGAAUCUUGUACAGCUUUGAUUGGAGAGACAGCAGAUGUCAAAAGAUUCCAGAAGAGGGCUCUAGAAGAGCAAGAACCUAACCAUGAAGAUUAUCUUUACUGUGAGGAAUGCAGGUCUUUCUUCUUCAAAAAAUGUGAGGUUCAUGGUCCAGCUCUUUUCAUCUCCGAUACGCCUGUUCCCAUGGGGGUAGCUGACCGAGCCAGACGAACCCUUCCACCUGCUUUGGAGAUUCAGAAGUCUGGGAUUCCUGAUGCAGGCCUGGGUGUGUUUAAUAAAGGAGAGCCUGUUCCUGUUGGUGUGCAUUUCGGGCCGUAUCAGGGAGACAUUGUGAAGAAAGAGGAUGCUAUGAACAGUGGCUACUCUUGGGUGAUAUACAAGGGAAGGCAGUGUGAGGAGUACAUAGACGCCAAGAGACAAAUGAAUGCUAACUGGAUGCGUUAUGUAAAUUGCGCUCGCAGUGACGAAGAGAAGAAUCUUGUUGCUUUCCAGUACCAAGGAGGGAUUUUCUACCGGUGCUGUCGACCCAUCAAACCAGGAAGGGAGCUCUUGGUGUGGUACGAAGAGGAUUACGCCAAAGACCUCGGCCUUACAUUCGACUUCCUUUGGAACAUAAAGCGUUCCCCAAAUGGAAUGAACAGUGCCCUGUUGCAAGUCUUCACCUGCUCCUUGUGCACACUAUCCUAUGAAUCUCUAAUUUACCUCCACAAACACAUCAGGAGAUGCCACUGUGAGGAAUAUCUAACACUGACAGAACAAGGAGAAAAUAAACAUGAGAAUCUGAUUCCCAGCAGUGAGCAAACAUCCCGCGGUACUGUCGCUGCAGAGACCUCUAGACACAAACAGAAGAGAAAACAUCACCUUUGUAAAGACUGUGGGAUGAGUUUUAAUGAUGGAAGUAAUCUCAGAAAGCACCAGCGCAUCCACACCGGAGAGAAACCUUAUCACUGCUCACAGUGCGGGAAGAGUUUCCGUCAUCACAGCACUCUCCAGCGACACCGGCGCGUCCACACGGGAGAGAAGCCGCAUCGCUGCUCGCAGUGCGGGAAGAGCUUCUCGCAAAUGGGUCAUCUCCAGCGACACCAGCGCAUCCACACCGGAGAGAAACCCUACUCCUGUCCACAGUGUGGGAAGAGUUUCACUUACAGAGAUAACCUCAAAAUGCACCAACGCAUUCACACAAGAGAGAAUGUAUAUCACUGCUCACAGUGCGGGAAGAUUUUCAAUCACCAGAGUAAUCUCCAACAACACCAGCGCGUUCACACCGGAGAGAAACCCUUUCAGUGUUCGGAGUGUGGGAAGAGCUUUCGGCACCAGAGUCAUUUCCAAACACACCAGCGCAGUCACAGAGGAGACAGGCCUUAUAAGUGUGUACAGUGCGGGAAGAGUUUUGCUCAGCACGGUUAUCUCCGACAGCACCAUCGCAUUCACACGAGGGAGAAGCCAUACACCUGCUCUGUGUGUGGAGUGAGUUUUACACAACAGGGUCACCUCCGAACACACCUGCGGAUUCACACAGGUGACAAACCGUAUCGCUGUUCGCUGUGUAGGAAGAGUUUUACUCGCCAGAGUUCUCUUCAGCAGCACCAACAUGUUCACACCGGAGAGAAGCCUUACAGCUGCUCACACUGUGGGAAGAGUUUUACUCGGCAUAGCACUCUACAAUACCACCAGCGUGUCCAUACAGGAGACAAGCCGUAUCACCAGGUUUAAGAAAACACUACUUACUGAAGACAAAGACCAUGUUCGGUACCAGAGUUGACAAUGAAGAACAAGAAAGCACCAUUCUUGAAUGCGUUGAACCUAGAACAAUGGGGGAAAGUUCACUUGGUCGGUCAAAUCCAGAUUCUUUAAUGAAUAAUACUUGUGGAGGAAUCAGAUUUUGGUGCAAGGAACAUCGUUCUAUAGUGUGAUGGUGUGGGGAGUGUUCUCCUGGCACACAUUAUGCAUCCUGACCAGAAAUGCCCAUAAGGACAUGGUUGCUGACCAAGUUCUUUCAGAUGAUGUCAGCAUGGUUCCAGGAAGAUGUUUUUACUAUCACUUUAGAGGCUUGCGCAGACUCAACUGAGUCAUGCCACAUGGUACGACAUAUCCAGAGAUGUCUUUAAACAGCAUAUCCAACAACUUGCAAAAUGCAUGUCCACGUGAAUUAAUGGUCUUUUGAAAGCCAAAGGAGGUAGAGUACAGCAUGCUACUAGAUACAGGUAGGUGUACAGAAUUACCUGACAACAAUGCCAUUGUAGAAAAGAAAAAAAACACUGUAAUGCCGUCAAGUCAAACUUCAUCAUUCCUUCUCAUCCCAGCCAUUUGUUGAGUGAGAAACAAAAUAUAAUGACUUGUUCCACUGAGAUUCCAGAACCUUUUCAAGAACCUUUUAGAACUGUCUUGAAAGAUAGUGAUAUGUGCAGUAAUUUUAGGACGGCAAGUGUACAGGAACAAAGACAAAGACCAUAAGAAGAAGCAAAUCGACAGAAAGUGUCAUCUGUAUAAGUUCUUCAGAUAACCUGCAGGAAGACACUCCAUACAUGUGGAGGCUUUGGUUCAGAUGUUCUGGAACCUACUUGAUUACAACUAUGUUGUCCUUACUCCAGUUGUGCUUUGAGUAGCUGGUCACAGCUCACGGUAAGGCCUCGAUUCCAGCAACCUACUAUUCCUCCUAGUAGAAAAACUGCUCCAUAACUGGACUUCUCCCAGGCGGAGUGAACAGUCCCAGUAAUACCAAUAAAAUUCUGAUACAGGAACAGACUGGGUCAUCCUCACUCUACACUGCAUUACAUCCCUGUCUGAAGUGGCUCGGUUUCCCGAGCCGAUGCACAUAGGAAUGCUCCAUGAUGCGUCUCUAGAGGCAGUUGAAGAGGGUUAGAGGUGUAUGUAGAGGUGAUUUUGUGAACUCCCGAGGUUUCUACCAGGUACAGAGCGGUGUCCUUUUGAAGUCAUUGUUGUACUCAAAUUGAUUGCUGCUGCGUCUGGGUUUCUUCCUCAUGUUGUCUCAGGGAGGUUUACCUCACCACUGUCUUGUCUGGCUUGUCCAUUAGAGAAGCCAGGUUUAUGACAAUAUCUCAUGUUUAAAGCACAAUACAAAUAAAAAUGAAUUGAACUGAAGAGCGUGUUCAGGACACAUCCCUGAUUGACUCCCUGAGGUGUUUAGAGGGAUGGAAUAGGAUGUCCACAUGUGGCAUGGUGCUCAGAUCGUCUAGAACUGGUUGCCUUUUCUGGAGUGUUCAAUUCUGAACUGAAUUUGUUAAACAGAAUUCUAUCAAGAGUAUCCUUGUUCUUUAAAUGUGACGUGGUCAGGUGGAUUGUAAAGGUUAUGGAGCACUUUGGUCUAUAGUUGAACAGCUGGAGGUUUGAGGUAGCUGCACUCGAGGCCCUAAUGUGUGGCAUUACCGGCUACGCCGAAUGCUUCAAGUGGAGUAAGUGCAACAAGAGACUUUUUUUUUAAAGUAAAUAAGGACAGUCAUCUUGUGCCAAUGGGACUUUGAAGAUGUCUAUAAAAGAUAAUUAAUUGAUGGGUUGAACACACACCUUGAGCACAUGUCCAGCAGGAUUCUCACCACCAAUUACAGACAGCAGCUGGUCACGAGAGGGAAGUUCUCAUAGCUGCCUGAGUUUUAGAUUCCUCAUAUUGGACUUGGAACAUCUGGAAGAGGGGCUUUGUUGGUGCAAGCAAAGUGAUUCCUCACGGAUUUUCAUAGAUGUACGACGUAAAUCCACCAUCAAGCUUCAAACUGACCAAUGAAAUGAGGUUGGGUCCAAGCAAUACAUCAUGGGUGAUGAACUGGAGCACUACUACGUCUGACAAAAUGACCUUUAUUAUUUCAUUUAAAGUAUUUCGUUCAGUCUGUUGUAUUUGAAUCAUGUCAGAUAAUCAAUAUAAAUAUUGUAUUGUACAAAUACCGAUAUUCACUAUAGACACAUUUUUAAUCAUUACAGAUGGCCUGUAUAUUUAUUGUAUUUUAUGAAUCUCAGCACAAGACUUGUUCAAGUGUUCCAAAACCCUGUGCAUGUCACUCACAAUGCUGAAAUAAAAUAUUAAAGAAGA